AUGCUCUCGCACUCAAUCCGCCAUAGCUGCAACCGCGUAGCGUCCAGCGCAAGCCAUGCAGCCUCGUUCAAGGCCUUUUACGCAGACUUUAUCCUGUCCAUCCUCCGCGCCAACCCGUCCUCCCGCGACACAAAGAACUACAUGGCCUCCUUCGGCCUCCGUCCCCGCCCUCCCCCGGUCACAGAUCCCACUCCCUCCCAGUCACAAAUAACCCCGCCGUUGCCCGCCCACGACCCCCACACCCACCUUCACCCGCAGACCCCGCCGCAGGAAGACGUCCGCCCGGCCUCGUCCCUCGUCAACGCCAUCCUCAACCCCAUCCACCGCCGCACCGCCCUCGUCAAGAUCCAGGGCCCCUUCACCGACCGCCAGCUCGACUCUGUCUGCCGCGGCAUCAUCUACCUCGAAAAGCUCGGCCUCGUCUCCGUCAUCGUCGUCGAAAACGACGACCUCGUCCGUGGCGCCGAGCACGAGCGCGACGCCAUCCUCGAAGAGACCAUGCGCGUCGCCCACUUUCUCGAGUCCCACGGCGGCAGGGCCCGCCCCACCCUCGGCGCCGUCGUCCGCCUCGGGCCCAAGCCCGGCGACGACGACGACGACCAGGACGCGCGCAAGGGCGAGUACGUCCCCGAGGCCCACGCCUACCCGAGCGACCUCACGCUCAUACGCAGCGCCCUGCGUGCCGGCGAGAUCCCGGUGCUGCCCCCGAUGGCCCUCGACUCCUUCUGCCGCUCCACCCGCGUCGACGCCAACGACGUCGUCGCCGCCCUCGUCCGCGCCAUGUCCGAAGCGUCCCCGCCGUCGUCAUCCUCCUCGACAGAGCCCGAGACCCCCCCGCCUACUACUGACCAAGUCGACCUCACCCCGCUGCGGCUCAUGAUCAUCAACCGCGAGGGCGGCGUCCCCUCCUACGCGCGCGCGGGCCUCCCGCACCUCCUCAUCAACCUCCACUCCGAGUUCCACCACAUCACCUCCACCUUCCAGCCCGCCUGGCGCGCCACGCACCCGACCGCGCUCGCGAACCUCGCGCUCGCGCGCACCUGCCUCGCGCACAUGCCGCCCUCCUCCUCCGCCGUCAUGGUCAACCACCGCUCGCCCUCCUCGCUCAUCGCGAACCUCAUCACCAACAAGCCCGCGCUCUCCUCCUCGCUCCCGCACGCGCUCCUCCAGGGCUCCACCACCUCCACCACCACCGCCAAGGCGCGCCUCACGCCCAACACGCCCACCCUCCUCCGCCGCGGGCUCGACAUCCGCGUCCUGCGCUCCCCCGCCGCGCUCGACGAGCCCAAGCUCACGCGCCUCCUCGAGGCGUCCUUCGCCCGCGCCCUCGACGCGCCCGCCUUCUACGCGCGCCUCCGCCGCCACCUCGACUUUGCCAUCGUCGCCGGCGACUACGCCGGCGCCGCCAUCGUCACGCGCGAGGCCGCCGGCGUCGCCUACCUCGACAAGUUCGCCGUCCUCCCCGCCCACCAGGGCGACGGCACCGUCGACUUUCUCUGGGUCGCGCUCCACGACGAGUCCUACGGCCUCGGCCUCCCCUACGCCGUCAACCCCAACCCGGGCGGCCACCAGGGCAUGGGCGAGGGCCGCGACCUCGUCUGGCGCAGCCGCGCGAACAACCCCGUCAACAAGUGGUACUUUGAGCGCGCAUCGGGCCACUUUCGCAUGGGCUCCGACUGGGUCUUGUUCUGGUGCGACGGCGAGAAGCGCCUCCAGCGCGAGCAGGGCCGCCGCGGGAACGCCGGGCUCAGCUUUGUCGAGGAUUGGGAAAAGGGCCGCAUAGCCUUGUGGAAGGACGUCGUCGGCAAGAUCCCCAGCGCCUGGAAGUGAGCCCGGUGCUUACCGUCGCUAUAUGUAUGUACUUGUUUCGGACCCAGGAUAUAGUGGCUGCAUAUGAUAUGAUAGAUAUAGCACCGUGUACCAAUUAUACCAGCGACUCGUCGUACGUACAGAAUACAGCCAAAGCGGUACAUGAAGCAUAAUGAUAUCGGGCGGGCAAGCAUCAUUGGCAAGAUCGUUUCCUCGGCGAGCGCCUCAGUUGAACGGCCUCGGCGACCUCUUCCUUCGCCCGGGUGUUCUCCUUCCGCGCGCCAGACUGGGUCAACAGACUCCUGCCCUCGCCGGACGACGUAGUAGUAGUCGCAUUCGCCCUCGUCGUCCCCCGCGGGCGUCUGGUCUUCUUCUCCUCAGUAGCACUGGAAGGCCCUGCGUUGGGGACGGCCUCGGCGAGGACAGGCGCGGCCUUCCGUUUGCCCUUUGUAACAGUGGUAGAGGUGGUGGCGCGAACUACCACGUCCUCUUGUACGUCCUUGGUCUUGCCUCGAGUAGUAGUCGUCGUC